AUGUCGCUCUUUAACCGGUUGUUCCGUGGAAAGAAGUCUAACAAAGAAAAUGAGCAGCCUACAGAAUUGGAUCGUGAAAUGGCUUAUCGACGUUCGUUACGUACGUCGUCUUCUGGUCGUGGAACCCUGAAAGGAGACCGGGCUCGAUUUCAUGACGAUAUUCCUGCUACUGCUCCUUACCAUACAGUGACUGCCCCACGUCUUCACAAGGGACCCAUGAGUUGUCCGGGAGGGUAUAAAGAGAGCUAUCGUAGCGAAGCUAUGGACAGGGCAACAUGGGAUACGUCUGAAUAUGGAAGUGGUGAUCCGUCACCUCUUGGCAAUUAUCAACGAAAUUCGCACUAUAACGAGGAUUUGGAGGAGUCUGAUGAUCAGGAAUGGAAUAUGCACGACAAAUUAAUGCAGUUGGACAACAACUGUAGGAGGUUUAUGCGAAAAUACAAGCAUGCGGAGGAGCGCCAUAUGUACUACAAGGCGGAGUGGAAAAAGAUCUACAAAGCCAAGGAAGAAUCGGAAAAUGAAUUGGCUCACUAUCGAUUCGGACAUUUAUCGGGAACAAACGCGUAUCAUUUCGGAAUGCCUUUGUCUUCCCAUGCUCAGAACAGGAGUUCAAUGAUUCCGUCACUGCCACCGCUGCCAAGCAGUACGGCCACUCCAUCUACCAGUGCUGUCGAAUCUAUCACCGGUGCAGGCGAAGCUCUCACGGAACAGUCUGACCUGUCAAUGCUUCGACCGUUGCAUUUCGAUUCAUCGUUCACUGCACGCCCGAUGAUCGACGACGUCGAUGAAACCAAGAACUUCAGGGCUUUAGCUGUAGAUGACAACGAGAGUUUUCUCUCAGGUGUAGAGGCACCCCGCGAUAUCCAGACUGACAAGGUCGCUAAUCGAACUGCUCAUGAGGACGUGAUGCUUGAUGACGGGUAUGGGACCACAACAGAUAAUACGACAAAUAAAGGUGCUGACGGCAUCUCCUGUAAGAAAUCUGAGGGCGCAGGUAGUGCUGAGAUCAAAACUCAUCAGGACUGA